AUGGGCUACAAGACCAUCGCCAAACAGCUGCGUGAGCCUCCCCCCACUCUCGUACCCUCUCUGUUCCACCACCCCUGUAAACCCCAGCCUCCCCCCACUCUCAUACCCUCUCUGUCCCACCACCCCUGUAAACACCAGCCUUCCCCCACCCUCGUACCCUCUCUGUCCCACCACCCCUCUAAACCCCAACCUCCCCCCACCCUUGUACCCUCUCUGUCCCACCCCUGUAAACCCCAGCCCCCCCCACCCUCGUACCCUCUCUGUCCCACCACCCCUCCUCCCCCCACCCUCGUAACCUCUCUGUCCCACCCCUGUAAACCCCAUUCUCCCCCCACCCUCGUACCCUCUCUGUCCCGCCCCUGUAAACCCCAGCCUCCCCCACCCUCGUACCCUCUCUGUCCCACCCCUCCUCCCCCCACCCUCGUACCUUCUCUGUCCCACCACCCCUGUAAACCCCAGCCCCCCCACCCCACCCUCGUACCCUCUCUGUCCCACCCCUGUAAACCCCAGCCUCCCCCCACCCUCGUAACCUCUCUGUCCCACCCCUGUAAACCCCAGCCUCCCCCCACCCUCGUACCCUCUCUGUCCCACCCCUGUAAACCCCUGCCCUUCCCCACCCUCGUACCCUCUCUGUCCCACCCCUGUAAACACCAGCCUCCCCCACCCUCGUACCCUCUCUGUCCCACCCCUGUAAACCCCAGCCUCCCCCCACUCUCGUACCCUCUCUGUCCCACCACCAGCCCCACCACCAGCCCUGCCCUCAUGUCUGCUACUGGCUCCCUUGAUGCACACUAG